AAAUUUUACAAGAGUAUAUAAGAGUCGUAAACAGCAUACAACACUGAGUAGAAAGAAGAGGACCGUUCUCCACUUGACUACUUCCAUAAACUACAGCGUCGAAAUGCAAGGGUCUUGGUCGUUUCUUUGCGUGCUACUAAUUACCAGUGUAACGAAAAAUAAUGCCGUAGAAAAUCUCAUUUUUGAAGACACAUUUGAUACGCUGGAUCCCAAAAAUUGGGAACACGAAAUCACCGCAUGGGGUGGAGGGAACUGGGAAUUCGAGGUCUACACUAACGACUCCAAAAACAGUUACGUGAGAGAUAACACCCUGUACAUAAAACCAACAUUGCUGAAAGACAGCAUCAAUCCUUUGACUGGUCAGCCAUUUGGCGAAAGUUUUCUUUAUAAUGGGACAUUGGAUAUAAGAGCAAUGUAUGGUCGUUGCACAAAUGAAAUGUUUUAUGGAUGCCUGCGCAGAGGACAAGACGGGCAAAUCGUGAACCCCAUCAUGUCUGCUCGUGUGCGGACUAAAGGCAAAUUCAGCUUCAAGUACGGUCGGCUGGAGGUCGUGGCCAAAAUGCCGGCAGGAGACUGGAUAUGGCCAGCUAUUUGGCUUUUGCCUGAGGAUAAUGAAUACGGAGAAUGGCCAAGAUCUGGAGAAAUUGACCUGGUGGAAGCAAGGGGAAAUCGAGAUCUGUAUGGGGUAAAUAAAUCCGAGCUGGGCGUGAACGCGUUUGCCUCAGCGCUACACUGGGGACCCAUCUAUAAUGACAAUAAGUUCCAUCUCACGGAUAAAACAUAUACAAACAAGACAGCCAACUUUGCAGAUAAUUUCCACAAGUAUGUCGUUGACUGGAGCGCCAACGGCUUCAGGUUUUCCGUUGAUGGUCACCAGUUCCUAGAAAUUCCAUCUCCGCUGCUGGAUGAAAACCCCAGCUUUCCCGGUUUCUGGGCGUGGGGCAACCAGAGCGACGGCGGGUGGAAGAACCAAACUCAACCAAACCCUUGGAAAGACGGCACAAGACUGGCGCCAUUUGAUAAAGCUUUCCACAUCAUCAUGAACGUUGCAGUGGGGGGCACUAUGGGAUACUUUCCAGAUUCCCUGAGAGAUGGGUCUGGGAACAUCACUAAACCGUGGAGUAACAGCGACUCUAAGGCCUCAGCUACGUUCUGGGAGGCCAAGGACAGGUGGUAUCCUACAUGGACGGCGGAGGGGGAGGGUGUGGCCAUGCAGGUCAAGUCCGUGCGCGUGUAUCAAACUGAGGAGGAAUCUGGCACAACUAUGAAAACGCCAGAUUCAUCCAGUGGCACCAUCUUGCGAAUGUACUCGUGUUCGUUGCUGGCUGUCUUAUUCCUUAUGAUUUUGGCAGUUAGGCACUUUUAGUUCUUCUCAAUGAAGAUAGCAGGAAGUGUGGAUGAGCCGGACUGAAAUUUGAAUUUUUAUUGAUAUAUUUCAGUCCAGGAAUGUAUAUAUACAUGUAUAUUUGCCGGACUGAAAUUUGAAUUAUGGCAAGCAAUUAUUUCUAUUUUUUAGAAGAGCAAUGAUCACAAAUGUCUUGUUGAUAUAAUGCUGGACUUAGACCUAUGCAGUUACAGAUACUUGAACUGGGACAUACUAACUUGUCGCUACAAUAUUUUGUCUUAUAUAUUAUUAUAUAUUUUAUAUUAAGGGUUGCUAAAUCAUUCGGUCUAAACCUGUUUAUGCAAAUAUGCCUCAAAGCCAGUAGCAGUUGUUAUUCCUUAUGGCCCGCUUCUUCAAAUGACAAAUUAUCUGCACCUGAACAAAAAGGUUCCAUAGAAAAAUGUAAACAUAUUUCGACAUCCUGGAUAUCCUCAUAUUCCAUUCCUUUAAUCAUGAUACGGACGAAUGGGAGCAAAUAUGUUGUGAAAUACAGAGAUUCCAAAUGUUUGAAGUUGAUUCAUUGUACCUUGUGACAAAAAAAUCUGCAACUUGAUUUUUCUAGCGUUGUUGAGAUGUACACACAUCAAAUGUGUUUGAUUUGAUCAACAAAAAUAUAGGCUUUGAACCUUG